AUGGGAACCAUAAUGUUAUUACUGUUCAGCGAUUGGUCUCUUAUUGAUCCUGUUACCACCAUCACAGAAACAGCAGAAGCUUCUUCCAUCAUCCUCAUCCACUUCAUUGAAGCUGGGGCAGCUCUUUUGUUGCUGGGAUUUCUAUAUCUUGCCUUCAGAAGCAACAGCACCUCCUCUGUCUACCUCAUAGACUACACAUGCUACCGCCCACCGGAUCACCUGCGGGCACCUAUCCCCAACUUCACAGAACAUAUAGAGAGAACAGAAGGUUUCAGUAGAGAGAACAGAGAUUUUCAGCAAAAGGUUCUUCAUAGGUCAGGGAUAGGGGACGAAGCAUGCAUGCCAAUCUCGGUACACGAGCUCCCUCCCAACACUUCUUUCGAACCAUCUCAACAAGAAGUAGAGCAAGUCGUCUUCCAGGUGGUGAAAGAUCUUCUCUCGAAGCACAGGAUAAAUCCAAAAGGGAUCGAUAUCCUGAUAUCAAACUGCAGCAUCUUCUGCCCCACUCCAUCCAUCACAUCAAUGAUAAUCAACAGGUUUGGACUCAGAAGCAAUGUUAAAAGCAUCAGCUUGAGCGGAAUGGGCUGCAGCGCCGGGCUUCUCUCGAUAAGCAUGAUUGAAGAACUCUUCAAAGUUCACAAAAAUUCACUUGCUCUGGUUCUCAGCAUGGAAGCUGUAACCCCAAACGGAUAUCGGGGCAGAACAAAGUCCAUGCUGGUAGCCAACACGAUAUUCAGAAUGGGGGGAGCUGCCAUUCUGCUGUCGAACAAGAAACAUGACAAGUGGAGAGCAAAUUAUGAGCUUCAGCAUCUCGUCCGAACUCACAUGGGAGCAGAUGAACAGUCCUACCGCUCAGUCGUUCAGAAACCGGAUGAGGAAGAUGUUGUUGGGGUUUCACUGUCCAAGUCACUGUUACAAGUGGCAGCUCGUGCUUUGAAGAUUAACGUAUCAGAGUUGGGACCCCUCGUGCUGCCUUACUCAGAACAGCUCAAGUACGGUUGGUUAGUGACUUGUCAGAAACUCUGUGGGAAAGGGAGAGCAAAGAGGGAAGCAGCUGUGGUGGUGCCGAGAUUCAAACGUGCUUUCGAGCAUUUCUGUAUCCAUGCUGGGGGAAGGGCCAUAAUCGACGGGGUGGAAAAGAAUCUGAAGCUGGAGAAUGAAGAUGGAGAAGCUUCAAGGAUGACACUUUAUAGAUUUGGUAACACUUCGUCUUCAUCGGUCUGGUAUGAACUUUCUUAUCUAGAAGCAAAGGGCAAGGUGAAGAAGGGAGACAGGAUUUGGCAGAUUUCUUUCGGGAGUGGGUUCAAGUGUAACAGCGCAGUUUGGAAAUCCCUUGCAAAUGUUGAUCCUGAAAGGAAAAAUGCAUGGUCAGAGAGAAUUCAUAUGUAUCCUGUCCAGAUGCCAGAUUUUUCAUAG